AUGAAUUUCCUCGCGAUGCAAAAUGCCAACAUCUCCAUGAUGCCAGAAGAAGAGGAGCUAAUCGUCGACGAGCAGGAGACGAUAAUCACGACACCAGAGUAUGAGGAAAAUUUCAAUGGAAUCAUGAAGCUCAAGCGCGGGCCGAGGAGGAGGAUUUACGCAGGCGAAAAAUGUUCGGUUUGCGGCGCAGAUGGGACCGGAUUCAAUUAUGGAGCGCUCACUUGCAAUCCCUGCAAAAGUUUUUUCAGAAGAACUAUUCUCGAAAACAAUCUUUCUCAGCACUGCGAAAUUGCCGACACAGGAAAACAAUGCGACAUCAAACUUCGACGAUUCUGCGCGGGCUGUCGUCUUCGCCAAUGCCUUGAUUCCGGAAUGAGAGCGAAUUAUGUCCGAGAGCUGAAUAUGAAAAGGAUGAAAAGAAGAGUUGGGAAGCUUCCAGCAAAAAAUCGGCUCUCAAGAUUUUCUGAAAUUCUUGAUCCUUUUCAGGAAAACUUCUUGUCGAUUGUCGAGGGAUUCUGGCUUGCCUAUCGCGAUUUCCCGAUGCUGACGAACGAACAAUCGCUGAUCCGGACUGAUUUCGGUUUAGGCCUCGUAAUGUUGUCCAACGACUACAAAAUGGUGCACAAGACGACACAAGACGCGAUCGUCAGACUUGAAUCGCGAUUCAGACGCUUCAAGCUUCCAGAUCCAAAUAUCGCGAACGGCCUUGCCGGGCUCGAAUUCAUCAAGGACUUGAUUAAUCAUCAUGUGCUUCUUGCGAAUCUGCUUCUCUCCAUGCUUCCUAAUACAAGAUGGCAAAAACUCACCGAUCACACAAAACGCCGCGUCCUCGUCGGUUCCGCUAUCGAAAUCUCUCUCAUGCGUUUCGCCGCGCGAUACUCUUCCUUGAUUUUGGAAAUGGCGAAUCUCCCCGAAAUUCCUGAUGCGCUCUUCAAAAUCGCCCACCGCUGCGGGCUCUCAGAAUCUUUCGUCAAAGACACGCUCGAGACGAUGGGCAUGUUUGCCGCUCUUGGUCUCGAUUCUUACGAAGAGAGUCUUUUGGCCAGUGUUGCUGCUGUCAGUCCUGAUAGGGGCAUCGAGACCGAGUUCGACUUUGAAAUUCUAUCCGCUCUACAGGAGACAAUGAUGAUGACUUUACGAAUAAAGUUCCACAUCAGCGAGCGACCGGAAUCCUUUCUCGGAAGAAUUGUUGCCUUUUUAACGCGUCUUCGAAAAUACGCGCACGAGCAACAGCCUCUGUGGGAAAAGUUCAUUUAUCACCGCAAUAUCAUCAUGACGCCAAGUGCUCUUGAAAACAAGCCAUCUCGAUGUGGGAUUGACUACAUUUGCCAGUCUGCUGAUCUUUUAAGCCGUCCUUGA